UUCAGUCUCCAAGACUGCUCUCGUUCUACUGCAGUUUGGAAUUUUCAGUUUCAAAUAAUGGCCAGCGAAAGACAGACCAGGAAAUAUAUAGAGAUCAAGAACCGUGACUCAAGUGGGAUUUCUUGUGUUAAAUCACCAGAACAGAAUGUGGAUGGUAGAUCCUCUGAUGCAUAUCCUGCAAGAGACGCUACAAGUAGCAUCAAGGAAAAUGGUGUGGAUGACAAAUGUUUUGCAGAGAAUGGCAUGCAUUACCCUGCUACCAAUGGCUAUGGAUAUGAUUAUCGAGGUUAUGAUGGACCUAAUGGGUAUUGCAGCCUGGCAGGAUACUAUUUAGAUGGACAAGAGUCUCCUUAUUCUGUGCCAUCUUGUGGAAAUGAUUUUAAUUCCUCAAGUUUUAAGAAGAAAUUCAUACGAGCUGCUGGAAAUUUCUCUUCACACUUGCCACAGGGGAAAGGAAACUUUAUCCCUCAAGAGGGCCCCAUAUAUUUUAGGCCUAAUCAGGGGGGUUGGACAAGAAAUGAGAGGUUCAAUCGAAUUGGAGCUUUGGAUGAACUAAAACGGGGCCUUCGUUCCAAUCGACCAAAGGAGUCUCCAGUCCUUGAGAACCCAUUAAUUAAACGAGAUCUAUACAAUUUAUUGGAUUUUCCUACUAAUUAUGAAGCUGCUCUUUUCUAUGUUAUAAAAUCCUUCAGUGAGGAUGACGUUCAUAAGAGCUUGAAGUAUAACGUCUGGGCAAGCACUGACUUUGGGAAUAAGAAGCUUGAUGAGGCAUUCCAUGGUGCACAGGCAAAAUUGAAUGACAAUGGCAGCAGGUGCCCUGUCUUCCUCUUCUUCUCGGUAAAUGGCAGUGGACAGUUUGUUGGUUUGGCAGAGAUGACCUGCAAAGUGGAUUUUAAGAAGACACUAGAUUUCUGGCAAGGAGAUGUGUGGAAUGGUUUUUUCCCAGUGAAAUGGCAUAUCGUUAAAGAUGUCCCAAACCAUCUCUUAACGCAUAUUAUACUGAAAGAUAAUGAGAACAAGGCUGUUACGUAUAGUAGGGAUACCCAAGAGGUAACUUUUUCUCAGGGUAUUGAAAUGCUGAAAAUUUUUAAAUACUACAGUGCUGUGACAUCAAUAUUGGAUGAUUUUUCGUUCUAUGAAUCUCGCCAAAAGACCAUGUACGAAAGGAAGAGUAGGCUGGCAAACCCAUCUUUUCAUCAGUUGAGAGAAACACAACCCAAAAGGAGCGUACGAGGGAACGAAAUGGGGAAUCAGAAUGAAUCCAUUGUCCACCUCACUGAGAAGCUCUCUCUUUCUACCAAAAAGCCAGAUCCCACAAAGAAAAAUGGUGUAUAUAACCAAGUGAAGGCCCAGUAGUCUCCUACUGAACAAUAAAGCAAAGGAGUUUGGCACAGCAGAUGAGGGUCCACAAUCCCUUGAUUUUUUGAGUAUUUAUUUUCUUUUAUUGGUAUUUUCUCAAUUUUAUUGGUUUUUCCAAGAUAACAAAUAGGCUUCUCUGGUUUGCUACCCAAGAAUGUUUUUGGUCUCAUGGGUGAGCACUCAAAGGAGGGGAAUGUGUCUAAGCAUCUGAGUAUCUUCAUUUUUAUAUGAUUUUAUUUUACUUUCAGAGUCAAAUUCUCUUUUGGGAUCUGAUAGUUGCAUGGUCUGAAUUCUGAA